AAGAAAGUCUCGAAAAAAUUUCAGUUUUUAAUAAAAAAAAAAAUUUACAUUUCCUUGCGAUUUAAUUUUUUUUUUUGUGUAUGAAAAUGGCUUUUCUUCAAGAUUUAAAUGAUAAUGAUAAUGCUGAACAACGUGAAAAACAAUCUCAGUAUUUGGAUUUUCUUGAUGAUGAGAAUGAUCAAGGUUAUUAUGCUGAAGCUGUUAAACAUAUGAUCAAAACACAACAACAACGUUUAAUUGUUAAUGUUAAUGAUUUACGUAGAAAAUUACCAUUACGUACAAAAUGUUUACUUCGUUCUGGUAUUGAAGAGAUUGUCCUAUUUCAGAAUGCUCUUCGUGAAUAUAUCAGUCAUCAGGCACCGGAUUUUGUUGAAAAUUUUGAUGAAUUUUUGAUUGGCUUAGAAGGCAGUUUUGGUUCACAUCAUGUCACACCACGUAAUUUGUCAUCAAUAUUUUUGGGUUCCAUUAUUGCUGUCGAAGGUAUUGUUACAAAAUGUUCAUUAGUUCGACCAAAAAUUGUUCGUUCUGUUCAUUAUUGUCCGGCUACUAAAAAGAAACAUGAACGUCGAUAUACGGAUUUGACAUCAUUGUCCGCUUAUCCAUCGUCAUCGGUUUAUCCUACAAAAGAUGAAGAUGGAAACCUAUUGGAAACUGAAUUUGGCCUUUCUACAUAUAAAGAUCAUCAGAUACUUUCGAUACAAGAAAUGCCUGAAAAAGCUCCGGCUGGCCAACUGCCUCGAUCUGUUGAUAUCAUUUCCGAUAAUGAUUUAGUCGAUGUUUGUAAACCUGGCGAUCGGGUACUUAUUGUUGGACCUUAUCGAUGUUUGCCCAACAAACAAGGUUAUUAUACAUCUGGAACAUUUCGUACAGUUGUGUUGGCCAACAAUAUCACUCAAUUGAACAAAGAAGUUUUGACAGUUGAUUUGAUGCCCGAAGAUUUGCAACGUUGUCAACGAUUUUCACGUCAGAAAAAUGUUUUCGAAGUUUUGGCUCGUUCGUUGGCUCCUUCAAUUUAUGGACAUGAUUAUAUUAAAAAAGCAUUGCUUUGCAUGUUGCUUGGCGGGUUAGAAAAAAUCCUGCCUAAUGGAACACGUCUUCGUGGUGAUAUUAAUGUCCUAUUGAUUGGUGAUCCAUCUGUAUCAAAAUCUCAAUUGUUACGUUAUGUAUUGAAUUGUGCACCGAGAGCCGUGGCAACCACUGGUCGUGGAUCAUCAGGUGUCGGUUUAACAGCUGCUGUUACACAUGAUCCAGAAACUGGUGAUCGUCGAUUAGAAGCCGGUGCUAUGGUUCUAGCUGAUCGUGGUGUUGUUUGUAUUGAUGAAUUUGAUAAAAUGUCCGACAUUGAUCGUACAGCCAUUCAUGAAGUUAUGGAACAAGGCAAAGUAACCAUCACUAAAGCUGGUAUACAGGCACAACUUAAUGCACGUUGUUCAGUAUUGGCAGCAGCAAAUCCAGUAUAUGGUCGUUAUGAUCAAUAUAAAACACCAAAUGAUAAUAUAGGAAUGCAGGAUUCAUUGCUUUCACGUUUUGAUCUAUUAUUUAUAAUGUUGGAUAAGAAUGAAAUUGAAAAUGAUACCGAAAUUUCUGAUCAUGUUGUUCGAGUACAUCGAUUCCGUCCACACGGUGAACAGGAUGGUGAACCACUUCCAAUCAUAACGAAUGCAGAUUUUCUUUCAACCAAAAUGAAUCCAAACAAAAUGAACGAUGAACAAGAAUCGGGUCAAGAUAUUUAUGAAAAAUAUGAUCCACUACUUCAUGGUAAACGUAAACGAAAUGAAAAAUUCGUUACCAUGAACUUUAUGCGAAAAUAUAUUCAUUUAGCAAAAGCGAUCAAACCACAAUUAAGUCAAGAAGCUAUUGAUAUUAUUGCCGAAGAGUAUUCGAAACUUCGAACAUAUGAUUUAGAACAAAACGAUCUUUGUCGUACACAACCGAUAACGGCUCGAACAUUGGAAACAUUGAUUCGUUUAUCAACGGCUCAUGCAAGAGCUCGUCUUUCGAAAUCGAUUGAUACCGUUGAUGCUAAAGCUGCAGUAGAAAUGGUUCAAUUUUCUCAUUUUCAAAAAGUAUUGGAAAAACCUGGAAAACGUAAACGUCGUCACGAAGAUGAUUAUGAUGAUGAUGAAGAGGAUGAGGAAGAAGUUGAAAAUGAAAUCUAUGAUGAUGAUAAAAAUGAUGAUGUCUAUGAAAUGCGUUUUGAUGAUGAAUCACAUCGACCACGUAAAUCACGUAAGGCUGAUGCAGAUGAAUCAAUGGAUACUACUGACCGAUUGACUACAACAAUUGAUGAAGUGUCAACAACAACAAAAUCUCAGGAAAAACUAUCACCAUUGUCGGAAAUGCCUGAUGCACGAUUCAAAGAAUUUCGACAAUAUUUGUAUAAGAUUUUCCAUGAUAACAAACAAUCAAGUUUGACCACUGUUUUGAUUUAUAAAGCAUACGAUGAAGAAGCACAAAAAGAAGGAAAAUUGAAAUUCACACAUGAAGAAAUUGAUUUUGCAUUAGCUAAAAUGAAUGAUUUGAAUCAGAUAUUUUUGUCUAAUAAUAUGGCCAUUUUGAUCUAGGAAAAAAAUUUCAUUGUAAUUGCAUCCGAUUUUUUUCACAUUUCAAAUUGUCAAAAUUUUCAAAUUAAAUUCCAUUUAAAUAUACAUCCAUUACGAUAUAUAUGGAUGGAUGUUUAAUUUUGUGUGUGUCUGUUUUUUUCAAUAAUUUUGUUUUGAUGAUAUUCUUUUGUGUGAUGUUGAAAACACAUUGAUUCUGAUAAUUCGAUGAAACGAUGAUCUAUUACGAUUUGGUCGUAACGAAUUGCAAUAUACGAAUAAAGAUUAUUUUUGUCAACGAAUUCGUAAAGAAUUUCGUGUCAAUCGAAA